AUGGGGAAAUCUCGUGUUCACUGGUUUUGUUUUCCUUUUCUGAAAGUGAGCAGCAGCUUUCGGAAAUGUUCCCUGUUCAGAAGAAGUUUGUUCAUCACCUUCACGUGUGUUGUGUAUUUGUGUUUUGUGAUUUCUCAAGUGGGACUCCCACAGAGGAACCCGGGCAGCAGAGCUGCGGAGGACCAGAGGCGGCACACCCGCGGGUUGCACAAUGUGGAGAUGAACGGCGCAGCUGCUGCAGACGCACAGAACCGAGCCAGUUCUGUGGUUCCAACACGAUCCAACGUGGUGUACAUAAGGCUAAAAUCUAAACGACGUAAACCAACUCACAUACGAGGUACCAUCCGGCCCAAACUGAGGAAGAAAGUGAGAAGAAAAGUCCUGAAUCCUCCUCUCACGCAGAACAAACUCCGCGCAGAGCAGCACGCAGGCCAACCGCACCUCGCCUUUGAGAAGCCCUGGAAACAAACCCCUCCUGGGGGUUUUAAAUCGUUGAAUAUAAUUCAUGAUGAUGGAGCAGACUCUCAGGUUAGUUCUAUCAGACUUUUCAGCCAAAUGGCACCAUCUUGGUUCAGCGCGCAGGACCUGGAAACGAUGCGUUUUCUGGCUGAUGCCAGAGUUUUGCGCAUGAAAGAAGUUUCCUUUGGAGGUUCUUCAUCCGUUCUGAUGUUUGAGGGUGAAGCUAUGGCUCCUCUGACCAACCAAAACCACUCCAAACAGAACCGUGUGUGUGGAGGACAGUGUGGACUGAUCCACAGUCCCGUGGACAACACGGAGGUGUUUGCUUUCCAUCUGGACAGAGUGCUGGGACUGAACAGGACGGUACCGGCGGUGAGCAGGAAGUUCAGCUUCUUGCACGGUGUCCAGUCCUGCCCAGUGGUGUCGUGGGAUGCCUCGCUCUACCCAGAAGCCCUUGCUGCAGGCCCGUUCACUGUGAGCUUAACGUGGAGGGAGUACCAGAACUCUCUGACACAGAGAUGUUGGCACAGACACGUCCGGCCCAAACCCGACUCCGGCUGCUCCACAAUCCAUCACUGCGAAUGGAGCAAAGUAGCUCUGUUUGACUUCCUGCUGCAGAUUCACAACCGCCUGGAUCAGAGCUGCUGUGGAUUCAGGCCCCGGCAGGAGGACGUGUGCACUGAGGUGGGUCAGCAGGCUUCUUGUGAAGACCCGGACAGUCUAAAACUGGCAAACAUCGUCCAUAGGAGGCAUGACCUCGGGCACCUGGUGUUCACAAACAACAAGGGAUACUUUGACCGCAAUGAGGACAACUUGGACUUCCGGCUGCUGGAAGGAAUCAAGGAGUUUCCAGAGCAGGCGGUGUCUGUGCUGCAGAGCAGGAAGCUGAGGCAGAAACUUCUCCAGUCGCUGUUCCUGGAUCAGUUUUACUGGGAAAGCCAGGGUGGCCGAUCCGGCAUCGACAAACUGAUUGAUGUGAUCGAGAAACGAGCGGAGGUUCUCCUAACCUACAUCAUCGCCCACGGGGUCAAAGUCAUCGCAAUGAAUGAUUGA